AUAAGCUGUUUGGAUCUGGAUCCAGUCACAAUAUCUCUGAACAACUCAAGCUGCAGCUAGACAACACACAGUCAUGAUUUCCCUCGGAGAAGUCACAGGAUUUUGGAUAAUCGCACUACUGACUCUUCAUUGUGCAGUUGUAGGAGAGACCAAAAGAAACAUUCUCAAUGAGCCUAACGUGCCUUUCCCACCUGCCUGUCCCACUGCCGAGAACCUCGCUGCCGUCUGCCAUCAAGGUCAAGGCCGUCCCAGAUACCCAGCCAGCUUCUUCCCAAAAUCCCGGGUCAGUCACUUCCGCCGCCGUGGAAACGCCAUCAACCGUCUGGAGUCGUGGUUCACUUUGUGCUGCAGCGGACAGAGCGACCAGAUCCUCUGCUGCGCCAAACAAGCUUGGAAACAAACCUUGAAGCAGUUCUGCAUGGAAGAGUAUUCCACCAUGACGAACGCGUACGUGUGCUGUAGAAAGAAAGGAGCUGCUCGGUGGGCGUGCUUCAACAGUGAUCUGCCGAACCCAAACUAUGACCCGCAACUGGGCUACAUUGCACCGGCUAUCCCCGCGCAGCCAAGAUUGGCCUUCAAUGCAUCUGCCUGCUGAAGUUACAGAAUAGUUAGCUCAACGUGUGAUACACAGCAAAUUUCAGAGUUAAAUUGACUCUAUAAGCUGGUGUUUAUAUUGUCCCAAUCUAGUCAGUGUUAAAUCAACACUCAACAAAUUGUUAACAAUUUAACUCGGAAUUAGUGUCAAAAAUAAGUGUCAAAUACAACGUAAUUUAGCUAAAGUAACUUACAUUGCAUUUUUAACAUGUGGUGUUUACAUUAUAUCCCAGGGAGCAUUUAGAGGUUAGGUGUAUUGCUCAGGGACACUUUGCCAUGGGACAUGGAGCAGCCAGGGUUCAAACCACCAAACUCAUGGUUCCCAGCUCACCCUCUCCAAUCCAUGCGCCACAGUACGUAGAGUUAAGCCCUGCACCAAGAAGUGUGACACUGUACAGUUACAUUUUAAACCUAUCAAAGAGUUAGUUGUUGCAAAUGAAUCUGAUGUUGACACUGAAUAAUUAAUCCAACUCUUUCUUACAAUUGACUCUGUAAGAGUUUGCAGUGUGAUUUCAACUCUACACUUCAACAGUUUUGCCCAAAACUGGAAAAUUAACUCUAAGAAUUUGCUGUGUAUGCUGAGCUAAAACUGACAGAGCAUGCUGGUGGUGUUAAUGCUCAGUAAGGAUGUGAACAGCUGAAGUCAGUUUAUAUUUUGGCAACUCUGUAUUUUAAGCUUUGUUAUGACAACGUGAAACAGGUUUUUUAAUCGCAUUUUUACACAUGUUCACAGUUGUUCGCAUUUUCUAACAUGUACUAGAGUAGUAUUUCUUAAGUAAAUAAAGGCUGAAAUAAAGACA